UUGGCGCUUGUGCGGAUUCAUGCAAUAUACGUGCCUCUAUUUUCGUGUACACAGUUCAUAUCGGUCACGUUUUUCUUUUUUUUCAGGUACGCGGGUAUCAGGGAUGUAUACAAGGUACCAGUAGAAAAUGACGACGUGCAACAGAGCUUUUUAUUCGCUGAAACGUUCAAAUAUUUAUACCUCACAUUCUCGGAUAACACUGUGAUGCCGCUGGAUAAGUGGGUUUUCAACACCGAGGCGCACGCUUUUCCGAUAAAAUUCGGUUAUGUUGUUUUACUGCCGCAGGAAGAGUACAACAUACAAUGAGA